AUGGAUGCCUCUAAAAACUUCACAAUCACAAUAGUAGGCGGCGGAAUAGGUGGUCUGACGCUAGCAACAGCCCUCCUCCGCCGCGGUGUCCCAGUCCAAAUCUAUGAAGCAGCCUCCUGCUUCCAAGAAAUCGGCCUCGGGCUCUCAAUAGGACCAGCCGCCCACCGCGCCCUUCCCCUCCUAGACCCAGACAUCCGCGCAAUCUACGACUCACUCGUCACCACGCACGCAGAUAGUCCAGGCUACGAAUCAUACCGCGAAACAUGGUUCGAGAUAUUAUGGGCCUGUGGCAUCCACGAGGGAGACCUAUUGAUAGAUCUAAAAGCAAACCCAUCCGGACAGACGACAGUACGCAGAUCCGACUUCCUAGAUGCGCUCGUCAGCCUAAUACCGGCCGAGAUUGUGCAUUUCGGAAAGCGGCUUGAGAAUCUUAUUCAAGAUGGUACUGGAGUACAAUUGAAUUUUGAAGAUGGGAGUCAAAUACGCGCUGAUGUGGUCAUUGGUUGCGAUGGGAUUAAAUCUAAGGUCAAAGAGUCUAUUUUCCCGGGCUCGGGUCAACCGCGGUAUAGUGGGAUGUAUGGAUAUCGUGCUGUGCUUGAUAUGGACGAUAUGGUCAAAGCAGUUGGGGAUCAGCGCGCGAGGGUAUCGACUCUAUACCUUGGCGAAGGGGUUUAUGGAAUCUCAUACCCGAUUAUGCGGGCGAAGAAGGUGAAUGUAGGACUUUAUGUUCUUAGUAAGAAGUGGGAUUGCGAAACUUGGGUGCGGGGUGCGGAGAGGGAGGAUAUGCGUCGUGAUGCUAAGGGGAUGGGGAGGUAUUGGAAGGAACUUGUUGAGCAUAUGCCCGAUCCGUCGCAAUGGGCAAUUUUCGAACAUCCGCAUCUAGAGACGUUUUCUCAGUCGCGUGUUGCGAUUCUGGGUGAUGCGGCUCAUGCUUCAACGCCGCAUCAGGGAGCUGGAGCUGGACAGGCCAUUGAAGAUGCCCAUGUUCUGGCGGAGUUACUUGGUGAUGCACGAGUUAGAUCAGCGGACGAUGUCGUGGCCGCCUUUCGGGCAUAUGAUGAGAUCAGACGGCCUCGUAGCCAACGGGUGGUCACAAGCAGCAAAGAGAAUGCUGAUCUUCUUUGCUUGUGUUUAGAUGGAGUGGGAAGCGAUGCUGAGAAGUUAAAAAUUACAUUUCAGGAACGGAUGAAGUGGCUCUGGGACUUGGAUGUACAGGAUCAAGUGGAGCAAGCUCGGGAGAAAAUGAUUAAUUAUUUGACGUAA